GUGUAGCACGCGUGCCAGAAGACAAUUGACUCAAACUCCUCACCUGUUUCGUGGAUCCCUCAGGCUUGUUGUGUUUUGCCUUAUCUGGGGCACCCAGAGGCCGCUGGAGGACCCUAACGGCCUCUGGAGACGUCUGGAGAGCUCCAGAAACCGCUGGAGACCUCAGGUUUACGCGGAAGGGCGAGCGAACCAUUGCACAGCUUUCCCCCCGUCGUACCCCACGCCUCACUUUUCUGUCGCAAGGUAGUAAGCAGACCCAAAACCUUCCCCCUCAGUCUCCCCUCUCCUGCGCGAGGUCUGCAUUGCCGUCAUCCCCAGCACGGAGGACGAUGAAGGCAGGAAGAUCAAGGAGAUCCCGGUGUUCUACCUGACGGCGGCUUUCUCCCUCUUCGCCUACGUGUGGCUGGUGUUCAUCCUCCUUGUCAGCUCCCCAGACGUCGUGGACAUCUGGGAGGCCGCGGUGACGCUGGCGAUGUUGCCCGUCCUGAUCUGGGUGUCGUACAGGGUAGACAUCGGCUCUUUCGGGGACUGGCGCGUCUUCCGCGCGGCCACCGGGGACCCCGAGCCCGAGGGCCCGCCGCCGGUGGUCACCAGGCGGAGCAGCACCGGCUCCAACGGGAGCCAAGGCAGCGACACCAACGGCCGCGUGAGCCCGGCGUCAGGAGGAGCGCGCAGCCUGGCGUUCCGCCGCCACAGCUGCGAGAGCAUCGGCAUCGCCAGGACUACCAGCCAGGGGACGUCCGUCAACUGGCGCAAGUCGCACACCCUGGCGAAGCACCGGCUCCUGGCGACGAUCACUGGAGGCGGAGGCGGCGACCUGGUCAGCAGCGGGCGCCUCACCAGGCGCCAGUCGGGCUUCUCCUCCUCAAUGAUGAGCGGCCGGUCCACGCUGACUACCCAAAGCUUCGAGUCGAGCGGCAGCCUGCUAGGCAAGAAGGCGCCGUCGACCCUCCUCGAGGGCAGGGAGGAUGAGCCGGUGGCCUGGGUGCAGUUCAAGGCGAACUACCAGUACAUGUCGGAGG